AUGCUGGAUAAUGCAUAUCCAAAUCUGGUGAAAGAUGAACAUAAUGAUCUGAUGAUGUUGCAUCACAUGGAUAAUGAAACUUUAAUCCGAUUAUCCAAGUACACGAAGAAUUGGCCAGAACCAAAGAAGAAGACAGAGUUUUUCGGACUCAUCAAAGAUGAAAAGUAUGAAGAUCCAGAUCCAGUGAAUCAUUUGAAGUGGAGAAAUGAUGUAGAGAUGAAAGAAAAGAGUGCAACUGAUGAAUUAACGAAGUUAGAAGAAUUUGUUGAAACUAGAAAUGAUUGGUAUACAAAAGAAGUAAAAGAAAAGAAGAAAGGUGGAAAGAGAACUCCAAAAGUUCAAACUGAAGAAGGAUCAUCUUCUCAACCGCAAAAGAAGCGUAAAAAGAAAGCAGUUGAAACUUUGUUGGUUGAUGAACCAGAAGAAGAUGAGACAGAAGCAAAUGUUGAAAGAGAUCAUGAUCAACUAUCUCCUAAAACUGAGCGUUUGAUGAAAGAUAUUGAUGACACUUUGGAAGCUAGGAAAUCAGCUAGUAAAACAGUAGUUGAUGAGGAAGAAAAUGGUUUAUCUGGUUCUGAAGAUGAGGUUGAUGCUAAAGUUGAUAAAUGGAUCAAAGAAAACUACGAUCCAAGAGAUAAAGAGAAACAAAGGAAGAGAAAGAGGAGUGCGGACGAUGAUGAUGAAACGUAUGUACCACCAGAAGAUGUUCAAGUUGAAAAGACACCACCAUCUUCGGGAGUUCUUGAAAAGCUUAAUGAUUUUAGCUUUGUCAAUGAUGAUCUUGUGAAAGAGUUGCAAAAGAAGGUGGAUGAGGUGUUAGUUGAGAAAAAGAAGUUAGAGGAAUGUGUAAAGUCUGUUGAAUCAGAGGAUUCAUCAUUGUUGAAAAAGAUUGAAUCUGAUCAAGCCGACAUUGAUAUUCUGAAAGUUCGAAUAGCAGAAUUGGAAGAAGAAAAGGCUCGAAGGGAUGAACAGAAUGAAUACUUCAAGUUGAAAAAUAAAGAGUUAGAGGCCAAUAAUUCUAAGAAGGAACAUGAAGCAUAUAUGUUAAAGAAAGUGUUGGAAAACUUGAUUGGAAAGCCGAUUGAACAAAGAUUUGAAGAGAUAGAACUUGAGGAAGUUAGGGCACGACGUGAAGCUGAAAUAGAAGCUGGAAUGAAAGACAAUGGUAAAGGUGUUCCAGUUGAAGGUGUUAUUGAAGUGACAGAAAGGCAAAUUGUUGUGUCUGAGCCGAUGAAAGCUCCAGAAUCUUCUAUACUAGAUCCUUGUCCAAUUACUUUAGUAUCUGAUGAUGUAUAUUCUGUUCAUAGUGAUUAUGAAGAUGAUGAUGGAAAUGAUGAUGAUGAUGAUCAAGGUACUUCGGGUAUCAAAAUAACUGAAGCAUCAAAUGAAGAGAAUACUGAUGAUUAUCUUCAAGACGAUGCAAACGAAGAGCCUGAAAAUGCAAGUGGAAAGGGGGAGCAUGGUGAUGCUGAGAAAGAUGAUGCGAUUGUUGAUCAAAGUUGA